AGACUGGGCGGGAUCAUCUUUAUCGAAAGUUAAACUGAAUCAGGAAAUUAAAAAAUACGUCUCGCGUUUGAUCACUCGGAGAUUUCACAUCAUUUUCUGCAAAACUAACUCCGAAACCGUCUUUACUUCACGCUGCACAUUUAACCGAGUCAUGACCAAAACAAACGCUCUCAAAAUCAGCAGCGACAGUCAGAAGAAGGUGGACAACUUCCGCCAGCAGCUCAACCAUGAGAUUGAAAAUUUGUUCUGCAACGUCAUUCCCCAGAAAAUAGUCUACCUGGAUGGACUGCUUAAGGAUGGUGCAUUCACUGACACAUCGUCACUCCAAGCUCCUCUGGACAUCCCCAUCCCAGACCCGCCGUCCGAGGAAGAGGAAAUGGAGACUGACAAACCAGACGGAGAAGGCAAGAAAAAGAAAACUCCUCCAAAGUGCGGCUUCAUUGUGUCGAAUGAGAGGAUCGCACAGCUGUUGGGACUGGUGAAGCCCGAGAUAUUUGCUUUCAGAGAGACCAUGGUUAAUGUUACUUGUUGGAUCCAUCACCUGAUCCCAAAAAUAGAGGAUGGAAAUGACUUUGGAGUGGCUAUUCAGGAGAAAAUUCUGGAAAGAAUCGCUGCAGUCCAAAAGAAAAUGGAUGAACUGCUCCCCAACAUCAACAAGUACUUGUCUGAGAGGGGAGACGCGGUCGCCAAAGCCUCCAAAGAGACGCACGUGAUGAAUUACCGCUCUCUGGUCCAUGAAAAAGACAGAGACAUGUUCCAAGAGGCCAGAGUGAUCCUGCUGGAUAUCCGCAGCCUCUACACUGAACUUUAUGAUGUCAUCAACAAGAAUCUUGACAAAGUGACCAACCCCAAAGGAGAAGAAAAGUCCUCCAUGUACUGACACUGUACUACGCUACACUGUUAAGCCUUAUGCGUCCUCAUCAAAUACAAUCAAUACAAUUGUGGGUUUUCAUUACUGAUUUUGUACCAUAGACCAUAGACAGGGUUAAGAUUCUAGUCGCAGCAAAUAUCGAUUCAAAUUUUAAAAACUCUACUGUGGAUUGCCAGCUUUUGACUCUUCAAUACUUGCACUAAAUAGAUAACGCAUCCUUUUUUGUUGUUGUAAGACUUGAAUAAAAAAAGCUCACAACGUGUUCAAAAAUGUCUUUACUUUAAACCAAAAGUGACACUCAUUUGCACCUUAACAUUUUAAACUCAGAAACAUGUUACAAAAAUAUUUUCAUCAACAA